UGACUGUUGUUACUAAAACACAUUUGUUGAUAACCAUGAAGAACUUUGUACUUUGUCUCUUUCAUAAAUGUUUCUGACUUGAAAAAACGUGUUCUGUUGUGAAAUCACAGACUGUUCUGAAAUCUGAUCCUGAAAUCCCUCCUCCUGAUGACAAAACAUUUGAAAGUUCAAAGUCUUAAAGGGAAACAAGCUGUGAGGAAACCUUCACUGCAGAAAGAACUGCAGCUUCUUCAACUGGAACUCUGAAGAAAAAUGACCACAAAUGAUCUGGAUGAAGAAACCUUCUGCUGUUCCAUCUGUCUGGAUCUGAUAAAGGAGAAGACAUUUGAUGUCUUCUUUUUCUCUUUCUAAAAAGUUUAACAGCCACCUUCACUAAAGUUCUCCUCUUCCUGAUCUGCAGCUCCUCCUCUGUCAUGAUGGGCGUAACCAACAGGAAGAGAAGAAAUAAGCUGAUUGGCUGAACUCAGUGAAACCACCUGAUUGGAGGAUAAAAGUCACACUGGCUUCUGAGGAAGUGAAACUCUCUUAGUCUUUGUGUCUGAGAGGAGAAAUGGCGCAGAAAGGAAUUGAUCUGGAUCAAGAAACCUUCUGCUGUUCCAUCUGUCUGGAUCUGCUGAAGGAUCCGGUGACUAUUCCCUGUGGACACAGCUACUGCAUGAAGUGUAUUCAAGGAUUCUGGGAUGAAGAGGAGAAAACCCCCAGCUGUCCUCAGUGCAGGAAGACCUUCAUACCGAGGCCUGUUCUGGUGAAAAGCACCAUGUUAGCAGCUUUAGUGGAUCAACUGAAGAAGACUGGACUCCAAGCUGCUGCUGCUGAUCUCUGCUAUGCUGGACCUGAAGAUGUGGUCUGUGAUUUCUGCACUGGAAGAAAACGGAAAGCCAUCAAGUCCUGUUUGAUCUGUCUGGCCUCUUACUGUGAGAAACACCUUCAGUCUCAUUUGGAUGCAGCUGCAUUCAAGAAACACAAGCUGGUGGAACCCUCCAAGAACCUGCAGGAGAACAUCUGCUCCCGUCAUGAUGAGGUGAUGAAGAUGUUCUGUCGCACUGAUCAGAAGUGUAUCUGUUAUCUCUGCUCUGUGGAUGAACAUAGAGGCCACGACACAGUCUCAGCUGCAGCAGAAAGGACUGAGAGGCAGAGAGAGCUGGAGGAGAGUCAACAACAAAUCCAGCAGAGAAUCCAGGACAGAGAGAAGGAGGUGAAGCUGCUUCAACAGGAGGUGGAGGCCAUCAAUCACUCUGCUGAUCAAACAGUGAAGGACAGUGAGAAGAUCUUCACUGAGAUGAUCCGUCUCAUCCAGAAAAGAAGCUGUGAUGUGAAGCAGCAGAUCAGAUCCCAGCAGCAAACUGAAGUGAGUCGAGUCAAAGAUCUUCAGGAGGAGCUGGAGCAGGAGAUCACUGAGCUGAAGAGGAGAGACGCUGAGCUGAAGCAGCUCUCAUUCACAGAGGAUAACAACCAGUUUCUGCUCAACUACCCCUCACUGCCACCACUCAGUGAGUCCACACACUCAUCCAGCAUCAAUGUCCGUCCUCUGAGAUACUUUGAGGAUGUGACAGCAGCUGUGUCAGAGCUCAGAGACAAACUGCAGGACAUUCUGAGAGAGGAACCCAGAAACAUCUCACUGACAGUCACUCAUGUGGAUGUUUUACUGUCAGUACAAGAACCAGGACCAGAACCAGAGAGCAGAGCUGACUUCUUCAGAUAUUCAUGUCAAAUUACACUGGAUUCAAACACAGCAUACAGACAACUGUUACUGUCGGAGGAGAACAGAAAGGUGACAUUUAUGAAAAAAUCUCAGUCUUAUUCUGAUCAUCCAGACAGAUUUACUGAUUAUCUUCAGGUUCUGAGUAGAGAGAGUCUGACUGGACGUUGUUACUGGGAGGUAGAGUGCAGAGGAGACUUUGUUCGUGUAGCAGUCGCAUACAAGAACAUCAGCAAGUCUGGAAAUGAAAGUGAAUUUGGUUUAAAUGAUAAAUCUUGGGCAUUAGUUAGUUCUCCAGACAGUUUCUCAUUUGUCCACAACAGCAUAGAAACUUCCAUCUUGGCUCCUGUUCCCUCCAGAGUAGGAGUGUACCUGGAUCACAGAGCAGGUGUUCUGUCCUUCUACAGCGUCUCUGAAAGCAUGACUCUCCUCCACAGAGUCCAGACCACAUUCACUCAGCCGCUCCACGUUGGACUGAGGUUGUUUCGUUACGUUGGAGGAACAGCAGAGUUUUGUGAACUCAAAUAGUUCCUGAAAGUAGUGAAAUGUUUGUUUGUAGCGAUUAAACCCAGAGCAGCAGGGUGGACUUCAGUCCGAAGUCUCCUCUGGAGCGCAAACAUAACAAAGCACACUUCCCUUGACUGUAACCAUGAAGUUACAAGUCCCACUGCUCUGCUCAGACGUGCUUCCUCGCGCUCCACAACGUCUAUGCAUGACGCAAAAGCUAGUGCGGUAAUAACCCACAAUCUGAAAAAAUUGUUUACAUGCAUCACGAUCGGAUCAACAUCAGCAAAACCCACCUAUCUCGACCGGAAGAAAAUUUUGAUCCGAAUGAGUCUGAUGGGGUCAGAGGAAUCCGAACGACGUGUUUGGCUCCCUGUACCUCAAAGAAUAGACUUCAAAGCAGCUCUGCUUGUGUACAAGUCUCUCCAUGGCCGAGCACCAAAGUACAUCUCUGACAUAUUAGUGCCA